AUGGAACGCGAACCGGACGUUCCGGGCGGGGGACAUCAUCGUCCCCUGCGUAAAAGAGCCAGAACGACGAGGGCAAUGGAAUCGGAACAACAAGAACGUGAUAGGGAAUGGGAGGAGGAGCAGGAGAGCAGUGAGGGAGCGUCGAGCCGUAACCGACCUAAGAAAAAGACCACGCCCAAGGCGGCUGCUGGCAUUAUGAUCGAGGCAAUCCAGGGCCUGAAACAACUCCUACAACAAGACUUCAAUAACAAAAUGGAAAUCAUAAAGGCCGAGUUUCAGCACCUCGAGUUUACAAAGCUUCACGACGACCGUAUGGCUGAAGAAGUCACUAGGACCACGGCCCAGAUGGCACAAGAGUUAUCCCAAGUCCGUAAGCAGCUUACCCAGGUUUGCUGCAAGCUGGAACAAACCCGGCUACAGUUGGAUAUCAUAACAAUGCUUAUGCAGCACGAUCGCCUGGCCAGACAUAUGCGGAUGCUGUCGGAAUAA